AUGGUGACAGAUAGUGAUGGCUGUAUAUUUAAAAAAGACAAUCGUAUAGUUGCUAUUGGAGCUCAUGAGAAUAAAAUGUUUUCAAUGCUUCUGAGAACUAGGCCAUUACAACAGGCUGACCAAGCAAAUGUUGCGAUUAAAAAUUUCACGUUACUACAGUGGCAUGAAAUGCUGAGUCAUCAGAAUGUUCAAUAUGUUCGGAGUUACUUAAAACAUGUGUGGAUCCCAUUUACAGACACGAAAAACAAAUUUUUCUGUGAAGCUUGCAUUUAUGGUAACCUAACCUAA